AUCGUUUCCCUCCUCCUCCUCCGCGGGAGCUGAGCGCCAAACUCAAACUCAUCGGGACCGGCCCUUCUUUCCAGCGGGGACCGAGGGCCAGGCCUGCUGGGCUUCUUCACCCUCCCGUCGGGGCAGCGGUCCGACAUGAGUCAGGUUCUGUUCCAGCAGCUUGUUCCCUUGCUAGUGAGAUGCAAAGACUGCGAGGAGAGGAGAGAGAGCGUUAGAGUGAGCAUUGAGCUACAGUCGCUUUCGAAUCCAGUACACAGGAAGGAUUUAGUCAUCCGUCUGACUGAUGAUACAGAUCCCUUCUUUCUGUAUAACCUUGCUAUAUCUGAGGAAGAUUUUCAAAGUUUAAAAUUGCAGCAAGGUCUCCUGGUGGACUUCUUGGCUUUCCCACAGAAGUUUAUAGACCUCCUUCAGCAGUGUAUGCAGGAGCACAUGAAAGAGACUCCAAGGUUUCUGCUACAACUUCUUUCUUCAGCCACUCUUUUGGAUAACUCGCCAGUCCUUUUAAAUGUAGUGGAGACAAAUCCUUUUAAGCAUCUUAUUCACCUGUCACUAAAGCUUUUACCUGGAAAUGAUGUAGAAAUAAAGAAAUUUCUAGCAGGAUGUUUGAAAUGUAGCAAGGAAGAAAAAUUAUCACUGACUAAAUCACUAGAUGAUGUUACCAGGCAACUGCACAUUACACAAGAGACGUUGUCAGAGAAAAUGCAAGAAUUAGAUAAGCUGCGGAGUGAAUGGGCCUCGCAUACGGCAUCACUGACGAAUAAGCACUCUCAGGAGUUAACAGCUGAGAAGGAGAGAGCCUUGCAGACACAAGUUCAGUACCAACAGCAGCAUGAACAACAGAAAAAGGAUCUGGAAGCCCUCCAUCAACGAAAUAUCCACCAGCUACAAAACAGAUUGUCCGAGUUAGAGGCAGCUAAUAAAGAGCUCACCGAGAAGAAGUAUAAAGGAGACGCGACUGUCAGAGAACUAAAGGCGAAGCUUGCUGGUGUGGAAGAGGAGCUGCAGCGGGCCAAGCAAGAGGUCCUUUCUCUGAGAAGAGAGAAUUGUACUCUGGAUGCCGAAUGCCACGAGAAAGAAAAGCAAAUUAACCAGCUACAAACAAAAGUGGCCGUUUUAGAACAGGAGAUCAAAGAUAAAGACCAGCUUGUUCUGAGAACAAAAGAAGCAUUCGAUACAAUCCAAGAGCAAAAGGUGGCUUUAGAAGAAAAUGGUGAGAAAAAUCAGAUACAACUGGGCAAACUUGAAGCUACAAUAAAAUCAUUAUCAGCAGAACUUCUAAAGGCAAAUGAGAUUAUCAAGAAGUUACAAGGAGAUCUUAAAACUCUGAUGGGUAAAUUGAAACUGAAGAAUACAGUUACUAUUCAGCAAGAAAAACUAUUGGCUGAGAAAGAAGAAAUGCUACAAAAGGAGCGAAAGGAAUCACAGGAUGCUGGGCAGUCUCUUCGAGCCAAAGAGCAAGAGGUAUGCAGAUUACAGGAACAAUUAGAAACUACAGUUCAGAAACUCGAAGAAAGUAAACAACUUUUGAAAAAUAAUGAAAAAUUAAUCACAUGGCUAAACAAAGAGUUAAAUGAAAAUCAGCUGGUAAGAAAGCAGGACACAUUGGCAACCUCGGUUACCCCACAUUCUACUAGCAACAACACCAUCAGAAGUGGGCUCUCUCCCAACCUGAAUGUGGUUGAUAGACUAAAUUACCCAAGCUGUGGACUUGGCUAUCCUGUCUCCUCUGCAUUUACAUUCCAGAAUGCUUUUCCUCAUGCAGUAGCUGCCAAAAACACCAGCCACCCAAUCUCUGGACCAAAGGUUCAGUUUAACCUGCAGCUUACGAAACCAAACGCAUCGAUAGCUGGGCAGCCGGGAGCCGUUGUUGACAGGCCCUGUUCAAAUGAUAAGGAAAAUGGCGAAAAUUUAGGAUUGGAAUCCAAAUACCUGAAGAAAAGAGAGGAUAGCAUUCCUCUGCGUGGGCUCAGCCAGAAUCUGUUGAGUAAUUCAGACCAUCAGAAAGAGGGCAUGCUGGGCGCGUUCCAGAUAUCUUCCAAGCCCACCGUUCUCCCCCCCUCAUCUUCAUCCUAUUUCCCUGGGCAGUUACCAAGUAGUUAAUCCAACCCCUUUUAUCGCUUGCUGACAGUUUAGGGGUUCAAGUGACUUAACAGACUAUUAAUAACAAAACCAAUUCUUUUCUUGUUCCCGUUAGGUCAUUUGGAUCCUUUAUAAUAAUACUGCUGCCAUUUACAAACUUAGGAAGUUGAUAAGGAUUCUGAGUAAAUGGUAUUUCUUUUCUGUAAACAAAACAGAAUGUUUCAAAAAAAAAAGUCACUGAAUUGUAUCAGAUUCUUAUCAGUUGGUCUGAUUAGGGACACUUAAUCAAAGAUACACCUGCAGAGAAUAUAAGCUGAAGACUUGUGAUUCAUACGAUCAUUUUUAUU